CAUAUUCUUGUAAACAUAAAGCAAGAAAAAAAAAACUACAAAAGUGAUUCAUCUUCGGAAAAACACAUAUAAAAUUUAUAAAAUAUUCCAAUUAAUUUUCCCUUUUAAAUAAAAAAAAAUCGUAAAAAAAUGUUUAACAAUCUAUUCGGCAAAGCUCCUUCUCUCAAGGAACAACAACGUGAUAAUGAUAGAAAUUUAAGAAAAGCCUCUCGAGAUAUUGAAAGAGAACGAAGAAAAUUGGAGGAGGAGGAAAAGAAACUCCAGAUGGAAAUUAAAAAGAAUGCAGCCCAAGGCAACAACGAUGUCUGUCGCAUACUGGCCAAACAACUGGUGGAGAUACGUAAACAAAAGGCACGCACUUUUGCGGCCAACAGUAAGAUCACUUCGAUAGGUUAUCAGAAUAAAAAUAUUGGCACUAAUGUGGCGCUGAGUAAUGCCAUGAGCACGUCGGCCAAAACUAUGGCUGAAAUGAAUAAAAUCAUGAAACCCGAAAGUAUUGCUGCCAAUGUACGGGACUUCCAACAGGCUAAUAUGAAAAUGGAAAUGACUGAUGAAAUGAUUAAUGAUACCCUAGACGAUAUGUUAGCCGAUUCGGAUGAGGAAGAGGAAACCAAUGCUGUUGUCAAUAAAGUGCUCGAUGAAAUUGGCAUUGAAAUCUCAGGAAAAAUGGCUAAUGUACCAGCAGCUGCCUCGGGUGGUUUGGAAGAUACACGCACGGAUAAGGAUAUUGCUGCUCAAUUGGCUAAAUUACGUUCCACAUAGAAUUGUCUUUUUAUUUUUAUAUUAUUAGUUAUUACAUUAUAUUUUAACGUGAUUAUGUUUUUAUUAAUAAAUUUAUCCAUUACAUAUAUAUAAAA